CUUCUCUCUUAUAAUGACUCUCUUCUCUGGUCAAUAAUCUCAAAACCCUUCUCUGCUUUAUCAAAAUUCUCUCUUUUUCCCCCAAAAGAUUGUUGUAAUCUCGCCGUCUAAAUGGCGCCGGCGACGGAGCAUCAGAGUUCGUUCUUGAGUCGAAUCAGCCGUCGCAGUCAAGUUGUUUCCAUGGAGGUUAAUCACGAGCAAGAGCUCGAAGAACUCGAAGAUUUUCAGAAACACGUAUCUGAGCGUUUCACCGAGCUCUUACCACCGUCGGAUUCGCCGGAAUCUUACCCGGUUCUUUCGAUCCAGUGGCUGAGGAAGCUUCUUGAUGCUUUCAUGUCUAUAGAAUCGGAGUUUCAUUCGGUUUUAACAACGAAUCCGUCUCAGAUCUCGAAACCUCCGUUAGAUAAGCUUGUACCGGAGAUGCUUGAUCGGAUUGUUAAAGCUCUUGAUAUUUGUACCGCCGUAGUCAACGGCGUUGACUCAGUCAGACAAAUCCAGCGUUGUGCGGAGAUUGCUGUUACGGCGUUGAAACAAACGCCGUUAAGUGACGGAAGCGUUAGGAGAGCUAAACGGGCGCUUACAAGUCUCCUCGCCGCUUUAAACGCUGAUAAAAACAGCGGUAGCAGCGGCGGAGGAAGUGGUAGGAGGUCAUCAACGGAGCAGUGGUCUUCGUUUGGUCGACGUAGCGGCGGAAGCGGAGGAGGAGGAGGAGGAGGAGGAGGAGGAGGGUGUGUGAGUAAGAAUUGGUCAGCGGCGAAGCAGAUUCAGGCAAUGACGGCGAAUCUCGUAGCGCCACGUGGCGGAGAGGCGUCGCCGAUGUAUAUAAUGAGUAGUGUGAUGGUAAUGGUGAUGUGGACGUUAGUUGUAGCGGUUCCUUGUCAAACAAGUAACGGCUUAAUGGUUCAUUUACCGCUGCCGAAGAAUCAGAUUUGGGCUAGCGCCGCCGUGAGCAUCUCCGAGAGGAUCGGAGAAGAGAUGAAACGGAAGGAGACGCGUUGCGGUGGAUUGAUGGAGGAGAUGCAGAGGAUGGAGAGGAUUGGAUUGAAACUAAUGGAAUUCAGUGAAGGGUUUAGGUUUAAUGGGGAGGAUGAUGUGACGGCGGAAGUGGCGGAGAUGGAGGAGAUUUGUCGGAAAAUGGAAGAUGGGCUUGAAGGGUUACAAAGAAGAGUUAGAGAAGUGUUUCAUAGGUUGGUGAAAAGCAGAAGUGAGAUUCUUGAAGUGAUUGAUCACUGAUUGUAAUCUCUAACUCUUUGUGUGAAAAACCUAAUCUUUGAGUAACUCUUUUGAUUAAAGAAAAGAGUAAAAUUACAGGUUUUUGAUUGUUUUAUUUAUGAAUGAUAAUCUUUGAUGUAUAUAAAUUACAGUUCGUAAU